AUGGGUGGUUUGAUUCCUGGGCCGAGGUCGUUGCUUCAUGUCGAGGCUUCGACUUCAGAUAAGAAUGUCCGAAACCCCGGCAAGUAUGAUGCUAUGGCCAUCAAUCCAAUGUUGGAUCGAUUGGCUUGUACAGGUGCUGAAGCGGAUCGACUGAUUCGAGGUCCGCCGCAGGACUUUAGGGACCUCGUCGCCCUCGAAACACUUGACGAAAACACAUAUCGAAGCAUCGCGCUUGCCUUCGGUCCUGCGGAAGGCGAGAGGACAUAUGGCGGACAUGUCUAUAUGCAGGCCGCUUACGCGGCUAGCAAGACUGUACCCAAAGGCCAGGUCUUGCAUAACAUCACAGGCUGGUUCCUGCUUCCAGGCAAAGCCAGCGAGCGCUUCACUUACCAUGUCCGCGAGCUGAGGACAGGAGGAUACAGUACCCGUGCCGUCGACGCCACGCAGGAAUCUGAUCCCGGAGUAUCAUUCAGCUGUAUUUGCUCAUUCAAAAAAGCUGAGAAGCCCGAGCAGCCGAAUCUGGAUAUACGACAGCAUUUAGACCUGGAGAAGGAGUACGCUACCGUACUGAACGGCAAGAAGUCUCCGGAGCACGAAGAGAUGCCCGGUGUGGAUGCCCCGUGGUACUGGGACUUCACAGGCCGUAACAAUGGCUACACUGAUCCUUUCCCCGGUCUCGAGUUGCGGAAAGUGGAUAUGAAUGCUUACAAUAAGAACAAGCCUUCCCAUGGUCUAGAGCACAGGAACCUGAAAAUGUACUCUGUACGAGGGGCGAUGCCGAGCGUAGAGCAGGACCCGAACAUGCAUAUCUGCGCACAUCUUUAUGCUAGUGAUCGCAACUCGUUAUUCGUGAUAUCGAACCACUUAGGCGUAGGAAAUGCCUACUCCCAGAUGGGCUCACUCUCGCACAAUGUCAUCUUCCACGCUGAUGCCAGUGAACUGAAUACGCUUGACUCGGCCACGAAUCAGCCUCGAUGGUUCUGCCAGGAGUCCUGGACAGGUGGCGCAAGGCAAGGCCGGGGGAUUCAUCAUAGUCGGUUAUGGCGAGACGAUGGACUUCAUCUUGCUACUACGCUGCAGGAUGGUAUGAUAAGGUUGACUGUGCCUGGUAAAGAGGGUAAGGUUGGUUACUCGCCUGAAGCUAUGGGGAGGAGGAUGGAGGAGUUUAUAACGAAGGAGAAGGGGAAGCUGUAG